CUGUUAAGCCCCCUCACGUGCCUCACACGUGAGGGUAAUUUCGUCAUUUCAUGUCAGGGACCAUUUUUGCAUAAACGGUUUUUUGGAUUAAUUGACAUUUACCCCUCAUUUACUUUCCCCAACACUUGUCAACUCCCCAACUCCCUCCUUCUUGCUUCUGCUCCAUUGAACCUGCAAAAAACCCUCGUUGCUUAUCUAAACAAGAUAAUCGACACUACACAUAUAAGGGCAUACGUUUAAUAGGAAAUGGUGUUCGUAAUGUGGCAUAUCAGACCAAAACACGAAGUUGUUGAUGUAUCAACUAUAUAUGCUGGUGCACCCACAUGGUUUAGUAUUAAGCUUCAUCACGGUGGGAAAUUUACUAAAUUACCUGAUAUAAAGUACAUUGGAGGUGAAGUGCGUUAUGUUGAUUAUGUGGACAUUGAUGAGUUUUCUGUGCAUGAACUUGAUGCCAUAAUGCUUGACCUAGGUUACCCAGACCCACGGAAUUCUGAAUUCGUUGAUCAAUCCCCAGUUAUAUACUACCAUUUUAGGAUACCCAAUGGUGACUUUCAAUUUGGUCUUAGAGCUUUAGGGAAUGAUCAGGAUGUGAUCAAGAUUUCUAAAUAUAUUGCACAUAACAAGCUGAUUGAGGUGUACACAGAGCAUGGAAAGACAAAUUUAUUGACUUACUUCAUGUCACCAAAUGCAAAGGGUAAAGUUGUCAUUGAGGAAUUACCAGAAAAUGAUGAUCAAGGGGCUAAAGUUGAGGGUCAAGUUCAUGCAGAUUCUCCAAUGAAAAAUGUGAACCAUGGUAAUGGUGAGCCUAUUGGUGAAAGUUCUUGUAGCAAGAGGCUUAAUUUAGAUUAUAUUGAUGAGGUUGUUCACAUUUCAAAGGAAAAGAAUGAUGAUCCGGAUGGUUCAACUAAUGUUCAGGAGGCAGCAACUUGUGUUCAUAUUGAUGAGAUGGAUGGUGUUAGGGAGGCUGCAAAUGUUGUUCAAGAGGCAUCAACUUUUGAUGAAGAAGGCUACAACACCCCCCUGUUAAUAAUGCUGAUGAACAAUUGA